UCAAUCACUAUGCUUUAAUUAUGUUCAAUUUGUAACAAUGAAAUUGGGGGUCACCACAACAUGAGGAACUGUAUUAAAGGGUCGCAGCAUUAGGAAGGUUGAGAACCAUUGUAAAACUAACAGCUUCACUGGAAAAGCAAUUUGGCUGCAAACCAAGACCAGAGUGGGGUUGAAUUGUUUCGUAUCUUUCCACCAGAUAAUGUUGUUUUUUUUAUGAUUUGUCACCCUUGUCCCCAGAAACUUUUAGUUUCAACCAGCAAUUUAAAAACAGAUUUCUUUAUGCAGUGGCUCUCCUUGGAGGAGUCCCUCAGAAUCACCUCGGGAGCUUUCUAAAAUUCAAAUUCCUGGCCUCCUGCUCCCAAAUUCUGAUGUAUAGGUCCAUGGAGGAGUUUUUGCAGAGAGCUAUUGUAUUUUAUUUUUUAAUUGUUUCCAGGUGACUGGCCCACACCCGCAACUCGCAAUAACCUCACCAGCUGUCAGAUGGCCACUGACCCCGCCUGAGCCCAGCAGUGGAAAGCAGGCCUGGUCUCAAAAAGGAGCCUGGUGGCCAGGAAAGAAACCUGAGAAAUAGGUUCCCCAGCACCUGCCCGGGCGGGGCCUCCUGGCUUCCUUUUCCUUCUGCUGGUUCUCGGCACCCAAGGACACCUUUAGCCUCAUUUCCUGACUUGACAGCCUCGCCUGCCUGCGGCGCUGCCUAAGCGGGGGACAGGCAGGAAUGCAGCAGACGGGACUCGCGCUCCUCGCCUUGGCUGCCUGGGCUGCUCUUCGCCCCUCCGCAGCCAUACUUCCCAUCGCCUCCAGCUGCUGCACUGCGGUUUCCCAUCACGUCCCCAGGCGGCUGCUGGACAGAGUGCACACGUGUCGCAUCCAGAGAGCUGAUGGGGACUGCGACUUGGCGGCGGUCAUCCUCCAUGUCAGGCACCGGAGGAUCUGUGCCAGCCCGCACAGCCACACUGUUAAGCAGUGGAUGAAAAAGCAAGCAGCCAAGAAACAUGCCAACGGCCACGCUUGCCACACGAAGAAGCACCAUGGCAAGAGGCACAGCCAAGGGGCACAUCCGGCGAGACCGGGCACGCGGCCCCCAAGCUCCAUGUUGGAGAGCGAGCCAGCGGACCUGUGAACAGAUUCCUGCCGGGAAUGUGGCCGGGGCUGGGUAUGCAUUGAUCAUGGGAAUGUUCCUUCUUGGGAGCCAAGAGGGCAAAAAACCCAAUGAUACAGUAUGCAAACGUAGCCAAUAAUACACUCAACUGAGAAAUGACAUGAAAAGAUAAUGCAAAACUUCAUAUAAUAUUUUAAGAGCACAGCACACAGAUACAAUUUCUUCAACUUUAUACUAUAAAGUUUUCCAAACUACAAAGAACUUGAAAGAAUGGUAAUAUGAAUCCCUGUAUACCUGUCAUCUAGAUUAAUCAUUGUUAAUAUUUUGCCAUACUUGUUUUUCUCUCUAUUUUUGUGUGUGUAUAUAAAACAUUAUAUAUAAAUAUAUACAUUUUUUGGUAAACCACUGGAAAAUAACAUAAACAUUAUGAUACUUCACUCCUAAAUUUAUUUUUACUGGUACAAUUCGGCAUCCCUCAAGAACAAAGACAUUUUCUAUAGGAUCACAUUAUCAGCUUUAUACCAAAAAAAAUUACAGUUUCUUAUCUAUAUAUUGCACUAUCAAAUUUCUCCAACUAUUUCCAGAAUAUUUUAUAUAGUUUUUUUCAAUCAAUCAAUCAAGUUUCACAUAUUGCAUUUAGUCAUUAUAUUUCUUUAGUAUAUUUUAAUCUAGGAAAGUUCCUUUGCUUUUUUUCUUUCUUCCCAUGGCAUGGAUAUCUUUUUAGAAGUCUGCAAGUUUGUUUCCUCAUGAUCAUGCUCAGGUUGAACAUUUUCAGCAAGAAUGCUUCCUGUGUGGAUUUGUAUAUUUCUUCUCAUUAUUUAGAAUUUAUAAACAUUAAAGCUCAUUUUCUACAUAGAAAAGUUUUAGCUGAAUAUCACUUUAAAAUACAUAGUUUGAAUAACCACCGUUGAUAAUUACCGAUGGAUAAAUUUGAUGCUGAAACAAAAAUAAAGGGUCUGCUUUGCUCCAGGAGCCAUCUACCCCUGAAGUCAGUUCUGAGGGCUCUCGGGGAAGGUCUGGAAUUGGGUCCCAUGUGGAUGAUCUUACUCUCCCUACACACGAGCCUACACCUUGUAACUCCUAACCACCUUCCCACGCUGUGGGUGGAUCCUCCUCUGCCUUCCUUGUCCACAGAAGCUUCGGGAUGAGAGCCAGACCUGGUUUCAUGAUCAGCCAUUAGAUGUCAGGAGCACGUGUCCACCUGGGCAGGUGUCAGGUGUCCUGUGCUGCCCCGCUGGCCAGUCCCAGCAGUGGUGUGGCCAGGAUGACGGGGAGGUGAGAAGGGACACACAGAGGUGCUGAGCCUGGUGUAGUCUAAAGUAACACCAAGCAGCCUUUGUCUAACACUGCUCAUCGACACCAACUUAGCAGGUCAUUUAUUUGCUCUCGCCAAUCAUCCUGUGAGCUUUGUAUUGCUUUCUCCACUUUUUGGAUAAGGAGACCUCAGAGAUGCUAAAUAAUUUGCCCAAGGUCACACUCACACAGUAAGUGGCAGAGAGAAGCCUUGUGCCCAGAACUUUCCUGUUCUCUUAUCAGCCCUGGCAGAGGGCCCAGGAAGGUGUGGACACAGAGGUGGGGCAGAGGGAGAGGCGUUCAGAUAAAGAUCUGUGCACCUAGUGCUUCACAGAGGGCCAGAGGAUGCCUGCCAUCAGCCUCAGCGUUACCUGCAGCCUGGAAGUAAGCAUGCUGCUACAGGCGGCGCUGGUGCUGCUACAGGCGUGUUGGUGCUGAUACUGGCAGUACCCUCUCCAGAGAUGAAAGCAGGCCCCAACCUGAUUUUAUUGAAUUUCCCAAUCUGAGGCAAUGGAGAAUGUGCACACUAUCUAUCACCUGGCUUUGCAACCUGCCCCACCAGGUUCUUCUUUCAACUUAAAGACAGAUUACGUAAGAAAGUCCGCAUUCUUCCGCUCAGCCCCAUCAUGCGUUUUGUUGUGAGAAUCCGAUAGCACAGGGGAACUGAGGAAAAUGGUUCCUUGGGAACAGCAAGCAUCUGUUUCUCACAGUUCUGGAGGCUGGAAGUCCAGGGUCCUGGCCUCGGCAGGUUCGGUGUGAGAUCAGCGUAGUGAACUGGGGGAGCCUGGAUGAGUGAGGCCUGUUUGUUAGGACUCUUAUCCGUGCCCCAUUGCUCCCAGCGAUGGGGAUGACUAGGGGGCUGGCGUGUGGUGGGCAGGUGUCGUGUGUGAGCCUGUAUGUGACCCAGGAGAGCUGAUUCUGUGGAACCCAAGCAUGCAGCACCUCCAGCCGGUCUGUGGCCCUGGUUCAGUAAGGCAUCGUCCCCUGCACCCCAUUAUCCUGGGAAAAGCGCAGGCGGCCAGAAGCCAUGUCGAAUGUGUUCCCACCAACAUCCUUGUGCCCAGCCCCCGGGUCUGGUUCAUAGAAGGCGCUCAGUGAAUAUCUGAGCAUAAGAGCUGCUCACACAGAACACGGAAUCUGGCACUCAGCAGCCACUCCCUGUGGUGGAAGCACAGCCACAGAGCAGGCAGACACGAAUCUCUCUCUCUAGCUGGUGUUUGGAAAGCUUGGCACUGAGUUCUUAGACUCUUCGGGUGGAGGAGAUAGAGAGGAAAUAUUCUUGUUUCGGGGAAUAAAGGUAAGUUGAUUUGCAAUCUAUUACAUGAGACACAAUUUCAGAGAUUCGAAGCAGAUGGAAGGUGAGGACUGGAAACUCUGAUUCUUGCAAGGACAGGCCUGAACAGGCUAUCCUUAAUACAGUCAACUCAUUUUUUCUUAUGUGAGAAAUAGCUCCUUAAUCCAAAACAGGCUGACGCUACUACCUAGGGGUAAAAGGAGAAGCAUGGCCCUUAUAGUUCCCCAAAGUAAAUUUCCAAACCAGGCAAAUUUCCCCAUAUUUCAGGUGGAGAAAUCGAGGUGGUGAAGAGAGAGCAGUAUAUGAAGCAAAUAUGCUCACAAUGACUGCUAUGUAAAUAAUUGAAUAAAAUAUUAGUUUUAAGAGUCUUGUAUGAACUUUCAUGGCAUUAGCACCUGUUAUUUAAAAACACACACACACACACACACACACACACACACACACACACACACACCUUUAAACUGUAAGUGAACCUGUUUGUUUUUAUAAGCUAACCAUUCCUGAAAACUCUUGCUAUUCCAUUUAUUUUUAUAAACUGAAAUCAACUGUAAGUGAAGUGGGAGAGUUUCUUAUUGGAAGAAAUUUCUCCCAAAAGCCUUUUGAUAAAGUGGACGCUAUUUUUGAAA